AGUCAUAUACAUCACUUUGAGUCAGAAAAACACUUACAACACACACACAGUCGGUGAGAAUAUUGAUUAAAAAAAAAAGAUUGAUCCUGGAUCAUCAUCUAGUCGCUGGUUCGAUGGGAAGACCACCUUGCUGCGAUAAGAUAGGCGUGAAGAAAGGUCCAUGGACUCCCGAAGAAGAUAUAACCCUAGUCUCUUAUAUUCAACAAAAUGGUCCGGGAAAUUGGAGAUCUGUUCCUACCAAUACUGGUUUGCUAAGAUGCAGCAAGAGUUGCAGACUGCGUUGGACCAAUUAUCUUCGGCCUGGAAUCAAACGUGGCAACUUCACCGAGCAAGAGGAGAAGAUGAUUAUCCAUCUUCAAGCCCUUCUUGGCAAUAGAUGGGCAGCAAUAGCUUCUUAUCUUCCACAAAGAACCGAUAACGAUAUCAAGAAUUACUGGAAUACCCAUCUAAAGAAGAAGCUCGACAAGCUCCAUGAAGACACUGAUCAAGAAACCCACCAUCAUCAUCAUGGGUGUCACUCAUCAUCAUCAUCAUCAUACGAAACCAUGUACAAAGGUCAAUGGGAAAGAAGGCUCCAAACUGAUAUACAUAUGGCGAAACAAGCCCUUUGUGAUGCUCUAUCUAUUGACAACAAAACCAUUAAUCUACCUGUAUCAUCUUCAGCCACUACUUCAGGGAAAUCUGAAUCGGUGAUACUCUCAUCGAAUCAAUCCACAGCUACUUAUGCUUCUAGUGCUGAGAACAUCGCACGAUUGCUCCCAGACUGGAUGAAAUGUUCCAAGAAAUCUCCACAGACAAGCUCUGAAAGCAUUGAGACAAAGCAGACACAGAGUUCCCUGAUCACCCAGCAGUUAACAAGCCCUCCAAGUGAAGGAUAUGACAACUCGGUGCAAUUUGGCAACAGUAACAACAUGAUCCACAACAAUCAAAUAAACAACUACUACUCGAAUUACAGCAAUUCUGAUAUUUCUCAAUCGGUUUCCCCAGAAACAAGUAGGUUCCAAGAUGAAAGUAAACCAAGCAUGGAAAAUCAAAUGCCCCCUCUUAGUUUGUUAGAGAAAUGGCUUUUUGAUGAGGCUUCUACCCAAGGUGACCUUAUGAAUAUAUCAUUAGAAGAAAGUGAUGACUUCUUCUAG